CAACCGGUCAGAUCGUCGAGAGUUAAACGCCCGCGAGCACGAUUGGGAUCCAAAUAUUCUCGAUCCCAACGGUACGAAACAAACGAAGACAAAAUCAUCGAGGUUAAAAUUGCUCGAAAAACUCGAGCGCGCGGUGUGGAAAAACAAAACUUAUUUCAACACAUCGCGUUUUGCCGAAUUCGCAAUUCAGUGAUUCACCUCAACCGCGAGCCUCGAUCGAAAAGGUCCCCGCACGAACGCUGAUAAAACUACUAAAAAUUAUUGAUUCGCCGAUCCGGAGAAAUGUCGUAGCCAACAGAGAUCGAGAUGGGACCACGUGCAUCCAGUGUACACGAGAAUCGUCGCUCCUCGGACCCCCUCUCUGUUGACUCCGGGCUCAGUUAACCUGACGAAGAACAUGCUAACUUGUAGACGCAUACCGAGAUCCGAAUCGGUGUCGAUAGAUCGCGAAUAAUCGCGUGGCCAACCGCUCGUAGCAUGCAGUGCUCCUCCAACGUCUAUGUAUAUUUAUGAAUUGCAUACAUUAUUUAUGCGCGAGUGUCUCCAUGUUCCUACGUAUAUAUGCAUAUCCCAGUUUAAUGAUCGUGCAGUUAGCAUGAUGGGCGAAGUGAUAAGAGUAUCGGGACGAGCUCCGGAUGUCGGUGACCUUCUCAGAGAGGCCAUGCUCUCCCAGAGAUUCGCAGACGUAGCUCUAUGCUGCUCUGGCGGACAGAGGUUUUUGGCUCAUCGACUCGUUCUCUCAGCCGCCAGUCCUUAUUUACAGGACGUUCUGUUGGCCCACGGAAAAGCAGCGGGUUGCGGCGAGCCGAUAACGAUUAUUCUGGCGGAGGUUGAGGGUCCGGAGUUAUCGGCGAUCCUGGGCUUCGUGUACACGGGAAGUGCGACGAUCCCGAAGUCUCGUUUGGAGGCGUUUACGCGUGCUGCCGAAACGCUGCACGUGAGGAUACCGAGUUUCGGACCGUCGUUGAGGUUGGACGUGGGUGGCUACGAAGUUUUGUCGUCGUCGUGCGACCUCGAGGACGACUGCAAGUUCGAGGGUGUCAAAGUGGAGGAAACUACGAGACUGAAGGACGGAAGGUAUCUUCGCUGUGAGCAGUAUCCGUCCUGGGGAGGCUGGUUGAGUUCCUCGGAUUGGGAUCGUCCCAGGGGGUGUCCGAAGCGUGACUUCCGGGCUGAGGAUUGGCUCCUGGGGAGGCGAGACGAUGGAGGGCCCCGGAGACUGCGAGUCGGGGGCGAAGCAUCUUUCCCCGAGAAUUCCGAGGCGACGAGGAGGAAGGAUUCGCCCGGAGGAAGCUUCGAGAAGUUUUGUUGCGCGGAGAGAACGUGCGAGAAGAAUCUGCAGGACCUUGAGACUCCGAGGGGCGAUCGUUGCCUCGCGAGACAAAAGUCCCCGUGGAUCGAGCGCCAUCGCUCGAUCCCUCAUCCCCUCCUCGAUUCCUCGGCCAUACCGGAAGCUCGUAAAGACUCCGAAAAUUAUGAGUUUCCCCCUCAUCCUCACUCGCCGCUCGAAAACUUGGCCGCCUCGCAAUCUAAGCCCCUCGAUCUUUUCUGCACCACUGAUAACUCCGGCUCGAGGACGAGCCUCGAAUCCGCUUGCCGAGUCUACGAGCCGAGAAUCGAGAAAAUUCCCCGCGACACCGAAGAUUUCCACCCUCGAUCGCACCCCACCUUCCUCAAGUACGAUUACGAAAACUCUGCGCAAUUCUCACCGAGGAUCCCAACCGCCCAGUCGCCCAGUUUCCACCUCGGGACGAGAACGCUCUCCGAAACUACCGUUUCGUCGAGCCUCGCCAACCCGACGAUUCCAUUGAAAAACUCGAACUUGUGCAGCAGCGACUACUGCUGCACGUGGAGAACACCCAAGAAACACGUGGCCAAUCGCGUUCCGGCUUCACCUUGGUGCCAACUCGCUCGACCGGCUCAUCAUUCCCCGAAAACACGGGCCAUCCUCCCACGCCAUCCGAACGAGAGGAUCGAGCCUCCGCCUCGUCCAGAAUGGGGCGACGCGAUCCCGCCGAACGAAAGGCACUCUGGAACGUUUUCGCCGACGAGGCUAACUUACGCGGAGGACCGGCUCGAAGGUGGAUCUUCGCAUGGUCGUUCGGAGGGGCACGCAGGGGCGGAUUGUGCAGGGGGAAUUUAUGGUUUUCAAGUUCCUAAAAUAGCGCAAGUCUUUAGCUCGAGUCCCGACGAAAGUAUCAACUGCUCGAAGCGAGGGCGCAGUCCGAGUUUCUACGAUGAAAAGUCCUCGAGAAAUUCGUCGAUGGUUUCUCCAGCGACGAACUUCUCCGUGGAAUCAUUGACGUCGAGAGCGAUUCCGAGCGAGGCUCCGCGACCGAUCGAAAAGUCCCCGAGUACGCUCGUCGAUAUUCUUCAGGAUCAAGCGCCUCCCCGUCCGAACAAGGAGGCUUCGAACGUCACCGGGAAUCACGAACGCGUCGGAACAGCCCAGCACGCGAUCUCACCCAAGGCUGCGAAUCCUAGCAAGCAAAUAAUCAACGAUCCUCCAACGCGCAAUCUUCAAACGUCGAAGAGGAUCGAGCUCUCUCACCCGAUAAGUCGCCUCUGCGAUUCCAUCCGCAACGUCGACGAUUCCAUCCCCCGGGAAGCAUUUUUCGCCGAUAAAAACACUCCGGAAUCUCCCUCACUGGGGCUCCGGGAAAUCGAACCGAAACUCGAGCGCAAAACGAUCUUCCCCGUUUCCUACCCAACGGCGCAAAGCGACGACAACAACAACGAGCCCGGAAUCAAUGACUCGCUCGCCGAUAAUCCAACGAACGUGGAUCUUCGUCUCGGCAGAGACGGGACUGAAAGAAAUUCCUUGGACGAUGCGACCGGAGGCGGCGAGGACCACAAGUGCGAUCAAUGCGGAAAAACUUUUGUCACUCGAGCUUCCCUCAAGGUCCACGGUCGUACACAUUCGGGUGAGAAGCCAUUUCGUUGUACGGACUGCGGGAAGGAAUUUUCGCAGCUGCGGAAUUACAAGUACCAUCGGAGCGUGCACGAGGGGACGAGAGAAUUUGCGGCAACAUGUCCCGAAUGCGGCAAGUACUUCAACGACCGUGGUUAUUUGAGUUCUCACAUGAAGAUUCAUCGUAAUCGUAAAGAGUACGGGUGUUCGGAAUGCGGCAAGAGUUUCAAUCAGCGAGUCGCUUAUAACAUGCACGUGCGUAUUCACACCGGUGUUAAGCCCCACCAGUGUGACCAGUGCGGCAAGGCAUUUUCGCGGAAGAUGUUAUUGAAGCAGCAUUUGCGGACGCACUCGGGUGAGCGUCCGUACCAAUGUCAAAUCUGUCACAAGGCGUUUGCCGACCGAUCGAACAUGACGCUGCACACGCGGCUGCAUUCGGGUUUGAAGCCUUAUCAGUGCACUUUGUGUUCCAAGGCGUUUACGAAGAAGCAUCACUUGAAAACGCAUUUGAAUUACCACACUGGCACCAAACCGUAUUCCUGUCCGAACUGUUCAUUGAGGUUUUCCCAGAGCAGUAACAUGAGAACGCAUUACAAAAAGUGUUGCUCGGUCGCCGGUAUCGAAGCGUUUGAUCGGCAAGAGGCGACGACCGGGGCGAACGCCGAAAAGAGGAGACCCCCGGCGCUCCCGUCGACGGACGGUCCGCCGCUCGUCGCAUCCGGACUCGAAGCGCCCUCUGUGCCUGGCCGAACGAGCGCUUUGACGCCACCGAAUUCCGACCAGGAAUUCACCAGUCAAACACCCACGAAAACCAACGAACCGGUUACUCUCCGCUCGAAUUCUCGUCCCAAGAACAUUAGCGUCGAUUCCCUCAUCGAUACAUGACCCAUCCGUCCUCUAGACACACUUCCCCAUGUGCUUUUACAGCUUUACCCUACUCCGUGGCUUCACGAUUUCGGGACUGAUCCUCGAUACGAAGAAAAGCUCGACUCUCUUCGCAGUUACUACUAUCAUUUAAUAUAUUCAUGUCAGAUUUUUUAUCUCACAAUAAAAUUUAUUACCGAUACAAA